AUGAUUUGGAAGAACGCCGUUCGGCCUCACGGCUGUCGAGGCGUCCACUACUUCUCAGUGGUAGAAAUUCCCAUCGUCUCACUAUUUACGGAGACCGAGAUAUUCGAACAGUGCCACCUUGUCGAAAGAGUCAGCGAGGGUCAAAAGCAGGUAUUAGCUGCGCCACUCUCAACCGAAGACAUGACGACGCCUUCUUGGACUGCCGGAAAUCGUUCAUCGUACGCUAUCGACGGAGGCCUUUGGACCGCCUGCAAGGAGUCCCGCGCAGCUAUGCACCGUAGGUAUAAUCCCACCCGAGGAGCUCCUAAGAGGAGAAUUCGUUUCCCGUCAAACGAUUUUGCCACCUUCAAAAUCAGCGACGGCAAGAGCUACCAGUGGUUAUCUGUUUCUUCCGAAUCAGACUUGUUUGUCUUGCAAUCCAUUCGUUGCUUCCCAGACUUCAUGCGGUUGUGCCAAGAGUUGCCUUUUCUCUCAAAGGAGGAUGGACUCGUAGGAGUCAGACAUAUCGCAAUCGGAUUCGAUCCCACAUGGACCGUAGAGGAACUUCUCCGGUAUGAAAGGAUCACAGAUUGGAACAACCCCAACCAACUUACCAGACAACGCUUCAGACAACAACUGUCAUUCAUGGGGCUUUCGAAGAACCGUUUCAAUGAGUAUGACUCAUUGGUGCAAGCCUCAAGGUGUCUGAGGGGACGUAGAACUUCAAAGUUGUGGCUCAUUGAUAGCCGCUUGCGCCGAAAGCAAACAGUCAUGCAAAAUCAUACAAUGCGUGUCUUGGGAAACUGGUUGUAUUCCGACCAUGGCCAACAGGUUUUUGACGAGGACGGUUACAAGCUCUAUGCGAUGCCAGACUACGCCUCGAGGGAUUUCUAUGGAGACGAUAACGACAACAGCAUGAUUGCCGCCGAAAUUUCCCGCUUUGUUGCGGCGCUGGCUGUUGUAUCAAGACAUCAAGACGCGGUGCGGAGAAACGUCCCUGAAGAUGAUGGAUAUUCGGAGCGGCUUGGAAUCUUGGUGAGAGAGUGA